UUUGUAAAUCGUGACUGCGCUGACUUCCGGUAGCGGGUGUAUCUUCCAGUCGGAUCUGUAGACGAAUACAAAGUGUUUCUUUACUCCGGAAGCUGGAGUGUGAAAGCUCGCUUUAUCUCAGUGGCUUCAUGUUGUUAUUGUUGUAAAGAGAAGAAGCUGUUUAGCGCUUUAUCCGUGUGUACAGACAGACAGCUGGGACUCUGAGAUGGGCUUCAGGAAGAAGAACAAAAGUCCUCCGGUUCUGAGCCACGAGUUUGUUAUCCAGAAUCACGCUGAUAUGGUGUCGUGUGUGGCCAUGAUCAUCUUACUGGGGCUCAUGUUCGAGGUUACAGCAAAGUUCGCCAUCAUGUUCAUCACCGUGCAGUACAACGUCACACAGACUCCAGCUACAGAUGAGAAGGCAGAGCUGGUGAACUUUUAUCAGUACGGCCAUAAAGACAUCGCCACCGUCUUCUUCUACCUGCUGAUCGCCGUCAUCCUGCACGCUCUCAUCCAGGAGUAUGUGUUAGAUAAAAUAAAUCGGCGUCUGCACUUGUCCAAAACUAAACACAGCAAGUUCAACGAGUCGGGGCAGCUGGCGGCGUUUUACCUGGCGUCGUUCAUGUGGGGCUGCAGCAUCCUGACGGCGGAGGAGUUUGUGACCAAUCCGACAUUCCUGUGGGAAGGUUAUCCUCACACUCGCAUGGCUUUUCAGGUGAAGUUCUUCUACAUCUGUCAGAUGGCGUACUGGUUCCACGCGCUGCCAGAACUUUACUUCCAGAAAGUCAGAAAGGAAGAUAUUCCUCGCCAACUUUACUACAUCUGUCUUUACAUCUUCCACAUCACCGGUGCCUACGUCCUCAAUCUGCACAGGUUAGGUUUGGUUCUUCUGGUUCCUCACUACCUGGUGGAGCUUCUGUUCCAUGCGUCUCGUCUCUUCUACUUCAGCAAUGAGAACAAGCAGAAAGGGUUCACUCUGUGGGCUCUGCUCUUUGUCAUUGCCCGUCUCCUGACCCUCACGCUCUCAGUCCUGACGUUUGGGUUCGGACUUUCCCGUACAGAUAAUCAGGGCUUUUCUCUGUCUGAAGGAAACUUUAAUGUUCUCACUGUGAGGAUGACGUGUCUCUCAGCCAUUUGCUUGACCCAGGCCUGGAUGAUGUGGAAGUUUAUUAACUUCCAGCUGAAGAAGUGGAGAGAGCAGAGUCAGGUCCAGAGCAACAAGAAGAAGAUCGUCAGUCCCAAGAGCAAACCCGGCAAGAAGGACUCGACCCGGGGAGGUUCGGUCAACGGCGUGAUGAAAUCAGAGGACAAAACAUCACCACGAGCAAGAAAAUCCAAAUCCACGUAGAGCAGCAGACGGAUCCGGACAAAUCUCUUUCUUGAGUCCAGCUGUAGAAAGAAAAGCUUUUUACUGUCUCCCGAAGAAGCUCCGUGUCUCUCAGACGUCUUCUAACUGUCCGCUGGCCGCACUGGGCUCCGGGGGUGGGUGAAGGGAGCGGUUCACUUCAGUUUGUUUUAAAUCUCAGUAUUUUUAGCGUGUUUUUUUUUUUUUUUUUUUUUUUGUCCGGUUUAUCAAUCAGGAGGUGUUUCAGAAGCUUUGUGGGGAAAAACCUUGUGAAGAAAAGGUUCAGGUUUGUCUUCUGAGUGGUGAUUUGAUUAUGGGUUGUACCCCAGGGGUGUCUAUUAAGACUGGUUCCCCCCCCCCCCCCCCCCCUAUUCUUUAGGACUUGAGCUUUUUUUAAAAAAAAAAAAAACAACAACAACAAAUGGUCGCCCUUCUCAUCUUCAUCUUUUUCAUCUUCAUCAUCAGCAUCUGUCGCCGUGUCUCUAAAGUCAUAAAGGAAGUGUGUCCUUUUUCCAGUAGGGUUUUUUAGUCUUUGUGGCUAAAAGACUACCCCCCCCCCUUUUUUUUUUAUUUUACACUAUGCCUGAUGAAAGUGCUCCCCCUAGAGGUCUGAAGGACACAUUGCCUCACCUUUUAUCUAUUUUGAAGGCCCUCUUUUUUUAAAGUAUGUUUUUUAUUCGCUUAUGUUCGUCAAAUUUACCAAAUUAGUUGAAUUUUCCACAAAGUUUUAUCAUUUGAAUCGUGUAGGCGGGGCUAAAAUCGCUGCUGAUCACCGAUUGGUCAAUCACGUUAGCGACGGAUUUAAUGAUAAGAUGACGUGUGGCACACUGAACAUCAGCAGUUACAAUAAAAACAAUCUUUAUAGUGAUGUUUUUUUUAUGUUUUGUUGUGUUUAAUAAAUGCUGAUGAGUGUAAAAUUCUUCAUCUUAACGUUAAACGUCGUUCAGACUGACUUCCUGUUCACUAGAAGUGCUCACUAUAAUCUAGUGCACGAUGUGUCCUGUAGAACACGGUUUUACUGCAGAAACUACACACGUGUGUAUUUAUAAUCACUCGCUAGAAGUAGAGGAGUGAAACACUGUCGUUACCCGAGUGGGACGGGGUGGGUUUAAUUUGUCUUUAUUUUGUUUACUUUCUCUUCUUUCCAUCCAUUAUUGUUAUUAUUAUUAUUAUUAU